AGACGCACUUGAGCUGAUCAAAUUAAACAGUUGCACUGCAAACAGCAUCAUAACAGCAUCACCGCUUUUAGAGAAGAAAAUCCCAAUUUCCAUCACCAUGUACAAAUAUCUGUUCUGCUUGGCUCUCAUCGGCUGCGCCUGCGCCGACAACAUCAACAAGGAUGCCCAGAUCCGUAGCUUCCAAAACGACGCCACCGAUGCCGAGGGUAACUACCAGUACGCCUACGAGACCAGCAAUGGCAUCCAGGUCCAGGAGGCGGGCAACGCCAACGGAGCACGUGGUGCCGUGGCCUACGUGUCGCCCGAGGGCGAGCACAUCUCGCUGACCUACACUGCCGACGAGGAGGGCUACCACCCAGUGGGUGACCAUCUGCCCACCCCGCCCCCAGUUCCGGCUUACGUCCUCCGUGCCCUGGAAUACAUUCGCACCCAUCCCCCGGCGCCCGCCCAGAAGGAGCAGUAGCCUGGAGUAGCACCAGCACUUCAAAGCAGCAACCCCACAUCAAAACUGCGGCCAGUCAUUGUUAUUUAGGUAGUUAUCGUUAAUAAAGGAUUUCGAUACAGAUAA